CUCCUAACGUCCACGAUGCCGGGAACGUGGACCGUCGCUGACCACGUCGAGCUGCUCCGGCGGUCGCUCAAGACCGCUGUCCCAUACACGAGUGGCGUGCAGGCCGUGCGGAAGGAGGACCUGAGGCUGUUCUAUUGCAGCCCUGAGGGGGAAAAUCUCAAGGGAACGGCACGAUAUAUCGACUUUGGCGAGGGAAACUCGGAAGAAUCGCUCGCGCUACUGGCUGGCGCGUGUCAGAAGGCGAAAUUUGGGUCGGAGGAGGCGCAGGGGGAUGUGCUGGACGAGGACUACCGCAAGGCGGGGAAGAUUGAUGUCGAGGAUUUCUUGGUGCGGCUGGACGCGGCGGAGGCGGGUAUUCUGGAUGCAGUUGCGGCGGAGUUGCUGCCUCCGACUCAUGAUGACAUGGAGGAAAAGGUCUUGAGGGCGGAGAUGUAUAAGCUGAACGUUUAUGGCCCCGGGUCAUUCUUCAAGGCCCACAAGGACACGCCUCGAGGAGACAACAUGCUUGGCUCGCUUGUUGUCGUUUUGCCGACGCAGCAUGAAGGCGGCGCGCUGACCCUCUCACAAAACGAGUCGACAUGGGUCUUUGACUCCGCCAGCCAGCUGCAAGCCCACUCAGGCUCAGGCUCACCUGUUGUCGCGUAUAUCGCGUUCUUUGGCGACGUAACACACUCCGUCGAGCCCGUCACCUCAGGCUACCGCGUAACGCUCACCUACAACCUCUUCGUCACCACAUCACGGUCGACAAAGACAGUCACUCUGCCUCACUCACGCAUCGUUCCGCCGCAAGAACUCGCGUGCGAAACGUCGCUCCGCGCGCUGCUGGCAGACUCGGAGUGGUUUCCGAACGGGGGGCAUCUGGCAUUUGGGCUGACGCAUCAGUACCCACUUCCGCGCGAUCCCCGCGCGGAUCGCAAGUCGUUUAUCGACACCGCGUUGCUCAAAGGGUGCGACGCCCGGCUCCGAAACGCGGCGGUGCGGGCCGGGCUCCAGCCACAGGUCCGGCUGAUGUAUCGGAUCCGGGAUGAGGAAGGUUAUACUUAUAGCCGACCCCCGGCGCUUGUUAUAAUGGACAAGCCAGUGAAGGUGACGCCGGGGGGAAUGCAUUUUGAAUACGAGGAUUUUUACGAUGGCCCGUCCCUGGAUGAGGACAUCGAACAGCAGGGCACGGUAUUGCAGGAGGUCAAUGAGCGGGGGCGGCUGCUGAGAGAGGGAAAGGUCAAAGGGGAAGGAAACGGCGACGACUCGGAGGAGCCCGCGGCGAAACGGCAGAAGUUAAAUCACCAGGAGGAUGACGGGACCCAGGGGAAUGCCGACUUCGCCGGUGAGCUGGUGUGCUGGGUAACCCCGCCGGAGGAGAAGAACAAGGCGGGGAGCGAGUAUACUACCCAUCUGGGGAAUGAUUAUGGGGAAAGCUUUGUGUAUGGGCAUGCGGAGCUGUUUGUGAGGAUCCCGAAGGUGGGCGAGGAGGGCAGGAGUGUGGUUGAAGCAGAUGAGGAGUAG